GCUUGAGGCAGUUCCUUCUGGAGGCAGUGUCCAUUCUAGCUCAUCAUCAUCUAGAGGCAGUGAUCUCCAGCCUCCUCAGAAAACGUCUGCCGAUGAACCGUGACACCACUGAACUGUGGAGAUCUCUGGGGGAAGACCCCUUGCUUGCCACUCAAGUCCUACAGGUCCUAAUAGAAAAAAUAAAGACUUCAACAAGCCAAGAAGGAAGCGUCACCUCAGAGACUGAAACUGACAGGCAUUUGGCAGCUGCUGAACCUCUCUCAGCAAUAUAUGCCAUCUUUCAGGUGGUGUCAGCACUGCAGUCGAGCAAAGCCGUGCAGGAGCUGCUCCCAGAGUUGUUUCCUGUUCUCCUGCAGCAGGUCAGCCGAACCUUAGGCCAAAAGAUGCCUUUGCCAGUGAUCAGCAGCCCGAGCCUAGGCCAAAGAGACCGACAACAUACUGAAGGCAACCCUUGCCGGUAAUUAGAAGGAAGGGAGAGAAACAAAGAGAAUUCCAAUAGAGUUGUGUGACACUCCCCAGGAGUUCCCAAGAUUAUGGUUACACAUAUAAUGAAAUCAUAACAUGCUCCUAGAGACUAAACUUAACCAACAGGUUA